AAUUACCAGAAAUGUUAUCAUUACCUUUUGGCUUUACUAUUUUCCAGUACAUUGGUCUGUGGCAACCGUUACAUUGGAAUUCUAAAUUGACAAUAAAACUUUACCAAUUUUACUCUUGUUUUGCAAUCACUUUUCUUUACACCAAUGUAUUAUCUGAAAUAAUUGAACUAUUUAGAGCAUAUGAAAACUUUGAAAUUUUCAUCAACAACUUGGUUGUAUUUCUUAGCAUGUUUGGGUGUUCUAUAAAAGCAGCAAGUGUUUUAAAUCAACGUGCUGGACUGGUUAAAUUAAUUAUGACACUUUCAAGUCAUCCAUGUUUUCCUGAGGACCAAAAUGAAGAAUUAAUUCAACAGAAAUUCGACAAAACUAUUCACACGAGAACUAUACUGUAUGUGAGUGUAACAGGAAUGACUGCAUCAUUAGUAGCAGUUAUUGCAUUCUUCACUGAUGGUGUGAGAUAUGUAUUACCAUUUCAAGCAUGGCUUCCAUUUGAUAUAUCGCAUCCUAUCAAAUACUGGAUUGCAUAUACUCACCAGAAUAUUGCUCAUCUUAUGGGAGCUGCUAUCAAUGCAGCUUAUGACACAGUGAUACCAGGUUUGAUGCUUCAGAUUUGUGCUCAAUUCAGCAUUCUCAAGCAUCGUCUUAGUAUAAUAUCAGAAACAGUCCAAUCUAAAGAUUACAAGUCAAAUGAUAUUAACAAGAAGGAAGCUGAAUGCUUUGCUAAUCAUGUCAAACAUCAUCUUCAAAUAUUCCAAUUUGCUGAGACGUUAAAUGGAGUUUUUGGUUUCGUUUUUCUUAUUCAGUUUACAAUAAGUGCUACUGUGAUAUGCGUGACAGUCUACAGCAUGUCUAAACUUGAUUUAGGUAGCUCUGACUUAACUCCUAUGACUAUGUACCUUACAUGUAUGCUUUAUCAGCUGUUUUUGUUUUGCUAUGCCGGUAGUGAAGUUAUCACAAAGAGUUCAGAAAUUGCUGAAGCUGUCCAUACAAUUCGUUGGUAUUUACUAAAUAAUAGCAGUCAUAAAGGAUUACUUGUAAUGAUGCUUAGAAGCCUCAAGCCUAUCAAAUUUACUACUGGACAUGUAAUUGAGUUGUCUAUGGAAUCAUAUACCCAGGUUGUAAAACUUUCAUAUUCAGUGUACAAUGUUUUGAAACAAUCUUCUGAAUAGAUAGAUGUGCAUACCUGGAACCAGAACACAGUCA